UUGUCUGCUCCCUUCAAAGUUCCGAUCUUUGAUUUCAUUUUCUGGGUUUUUGUGUUUUUUUUUUUAUCGGAGAAUUUCAGUCCCACUUUCGAUCAGAACACAGAGAGGUUGCAAUUGAGGUUUGAAUUUCUCCUUUUUAGUGGUUUUCAAUUGAUUGUUAGUAUAUUCUUUUGAUAUGAAAAUGGAGAAAAGAUGUUAAGCUUUUUCAUGUUAUUUGAUGCUAAAUUUUAGUUUUCCUUUUCCCCCAGAAAAAAUACUGAAAUAAUUGAGAUAAACAUAAAUAUAUGCAAACAUAAAACGAAAACCUAAUUCGCUAACGCUCUGAUUUACUCUUCCCAAAUAUAUUAUUUAAAAAAAAAAGUAAAUUAAAUUGUUAGAGUUUGUAAUUUCUAUGCAGACAGAGGAAGGCAAGCCGAGGAAGAGGAAGAGCCGAAGAGGAGCUCUCAACUAAGGGUAACUUCAGUUAUUCAGAAAUUUUCCUGUCUUGUUAAUAUUUUAAGGAAAAUAAGCAGUGAAUGCUGAAAGAUGUGCUUGGGUGUUCACAGCUUUGAUGAGGUUGUAGCUUUAUUAGCUUUAGAAGGGUUGCCCUUGUUCAUCCUUGAUGACCUAGGAUUUAUAUAUCUCUGUAGCCAGAAGCUGAAUUGGCCUACUUUAUGCUCCUAUAGACAGAGAAACUUUCUUCUUUGUGAAGAUGGUUGAGCUGAUUAUACUCUUGCUGCCUCCUGCUCUGUAAAUCUGGUAUUAGCAGGAUUUAGUUU